AUGACCACAAGCGACAACCCUACUGUGUGUGUUCCGGUGAAACUCGAUGCAUUCGUGCUUAAUCCUAGUGUUUGCUCAGGACCGUCUAAAAUCGCCCCAAUCACUCAACCAAACUACACCUUCCUCCGUCUCGACCGUAACAUUUCGGUGAUCCAGCCGGAUAUUCUCGAUCAUGUUGAUCUCCAUGCAACAUCCCCCGAAGUAAAUAACCGAAUAAGGAAUGUGGCCACAAAAGAACUUCGGAGAUCGAGGUUUGGGGUUUAUUUGCAUUGGAUGUUGCCGAGGGUCUACCGAUCUGGGAUUGCAGCAACGUCCAGUGCCAACGAAUUCGAACAGAGGCGGCAACAAGAAGGCUUCUCCAAAGUCGAGAAUAACGCUGACUACUCUACCCCCAAUUUCAGGCCUGUUCCCACACGUUGGCUUAUUGUGCGAGUCCUAAAGUCCAAGGUACCAGCAAACGCCAACAUUCCCAACUACCAAGCGUUUGUCAUUGAAUCCGAUCGCCUGCGCAACAUUGAUGAUUUAGACGCCAGCGUUGACUUGGAGGUUGAUGUAUCUCCGUUCCUAUGCGCAACCAAUGCAGAGAAAGACGACACAGCCAUUGACACUCAGGCAGAGAUAUUUAUCGGCUUAAAGACGCACGCUGAGGGAUGGAGUGAGAAGGGGGACACUGCCGCUCGAGUGCCAUUGUCCAUAUUGCAUAGCAGCAAUUCUCUAUUUCCAGACUACCAGCCUCACAACUCGAACGUCUUUUCAAUGCUCGAUAACUUUGAAUAUGAUUCCACCGAUCCUGCUACUGGCACGAUUACAAAGGCGUACCUUACUCAAGCAGAGGCAAGCUACUAUGUUUUGGGCUGGCACCCGAAGCCUGAGGACGACCCUUUCAACAUGCAGCCCACAGCGCAGCAAACCCAUGCAGCACGAUUGGACGCUUGCAUGAUGUCUCUCGGUCUACCAUCCUCCGCACCCCAACCGUCCUGGUUAGAAGAGACCGGCUCGGCUCGGAUACUCUGCCACGGAGCAAUGUAUAAUGUCUCGUUUUCCGUUGAUGCAAAACCUGCGCAUGUACCCGCCGACGACGCAGCAACCCAUUUUUCCACAAUGCCCGUGUCAUUGGGGACGACACCUCUUGAUGCCCUGUACGCAUUGAUUGACUCUUAUGAGCAGAGCAAGGACGCAGACAUGCCAAAGCCGAUAGCGGAUGAUUUCAAAAGGGUGGAAAGGUUACUCCGCAAAACAGAGGACGAUUUAGAUUCACAGAUACAAGCUGAGGACCUGCUGUAUAGUAACAACUUCACGCAUUCCCCCGGGGGCAGCCAGUGGCAUCUGUCGGGUGACGACGGGGCGGGCAUGAAAUCUCCCAUUGCACCUCCUACAGAGGUACUGACCAAGCUUCGCGAUCUGAAUGCCAUGCAGUUGGUUGUCGACAUUUGUAGUCAGGAGAGGAAGUUGCUACAGUGGAGGCUGUGGAGUGAGUGGUGGAAGGUCAUCAGCGACACUAAUCACGUCCUGGACCAGCAAAAGUUUAAAGAUCUAUCCACUCGGAUUGAUGCACUUACGAAGCAAAUAACGAAUUCCACCCAGCUCAUAAACACUUCAAUCAAGAACGCACAAACUGAAUUUCAAGGGAGGAUGCCGCAGCAGGGGGCGAGCCCCCGGUAUUUCUCACAGCGAGAUCCGACGCUAUUGAUUUCUGGUAUUAAAUCUGGAUGGCCCGUUGAUUAUUUGGACAAGCUGCGGGUGCGAUUGGACAUACAUGUGAUUACAGCUAGCACACCUGGUGUGAGCCAACCCCCGCCAGCGGAGUUCAGCGCUUGGGCGGACAGCAUAUCGGCUAAACUCCCCAAGGAGCUAGCCGCAGCUACCAAGAACUUGUUUUCAGAGUUUUGGAUAUUGCAAGACCGUACCCCUUCCGAUAGCGACCCGUUGUUAAGUUCAUACCCUCUCUAUCAUGACAAGGAAGGACGGGAUUCAUGGCAAGGCACCCAGCCAUGGUUCCCGCUCUUUGCAGAAUGGGAGGUGGAGUACUAUCAUAUUGAUUACACAAAAUGGGAGCUGAAAGCCGUCGGUUCAGAUCCUGUUACAAAGAUUAAGUAUGUGUUGAAAGACGGGGAGAAGCUCGAAGACACGAACGUGAGGACCAUUUCAGGGAGGGUGCUGCUGUUACCACAGGCGAGUUUAAGCUUGGAGACCAAGGUGAACAAUCUCUUCAAGAACACCUUUCAGCCAGAUCUGCAGAAAAUCAUCUCUGCAGAAGACCAGAAGGCCCUUUUGGCAGACCUACGGGCACGAGAUUUCCUAUCAUCUCCACUAUCGGGAUUUCGGGAUCACCUUGUGACCAGGCUACAGGGUACGCACAUUAAACCCAAUGUACGGCCACCAGGAGAGAGUGUCAGACCUAUGGCCGCCGUCAUCAAGGCCACUCAGGACCGACUCAAGGCAACUGACGAUUAUUCAAAGACCCUCCUGUGCCAGAUGGACACCGAAACCACAACAACACCUUAUGCCGCUGCAUAUGAUUUUGGGUUGUCAGAGUAUCAUCCAUUCAAACCUGCCGCACAUGGACAAUUCCGAUUUACCAAGCUGAACAUAAUUGACAAGUUCGGGCAAGCGAUUUGCGCUUUCGACCCAACUGGCCAGACCAAACCGUCGUUGUAUCCGUGCUUGAGCGAAUUCUAUUGUCCUCAACCAGAUCCCAACUCUCCUGAUAUGGCUACGCCUUUUCCAAGAACAGUCAAGGGUUCUAGUGGUACCAGUUGUGAAUUCGCACAGAUGCCUCCGAAUCUCAAUCAGGAUGCGCGGGUUAAUGCUCACUUUAUGGUUAGAGACUCUCAAACGAAAGAGUGGCGCCCUACUACAGAGUACGAAAAUCCGAUAUGGGGCUGGCUCAUCGUGAAUUAUGUCGACCGCGGUUUACAGAUCUUCCUACCAGACGGGACAUUUUACACCGAGGUUCGGUUGGGAGCAAGGAACGGCACCUCGACGGCACCCCGGUGGUUACCGUUCGAGCCGAGCACAUCCGACCCUAAAAACAUGCAGCAGCUAGACUACUUGGUUCAGAAGCUGGCGGAUCCACAGUACCUGGAUGGCUUUUUUAAAGUAGUCAUAGAUGCCCUUGACAACAUGCCCCACGCGCCGAAUCAGUACGCAGAGUAUCUCUCUGCUAUCAUUGGCAAGCCUCUCGCUCUCGUCAACACGGGUUGGUCUAUUGAAUUGUCCAAUCCACCACUUGAGAACCAGGCUACAAUCAUAAACAACAAAGCGAAAUCAGAGCUGGCGCUACUCGACUACCAACUUCGGGUAAAGUUUGGCGACAAGGCUCGUGUCUACGAUGGGUUGGUCGGUUACUUCAAUGCGAGAAAUGCUUCUGACGGGCCGGAUUUUGAAUUCUCGGAGAUGUACACAUACUUUGAAAAGUCUCCUACGGAUCAAGGCCCUUUCAAAUUGAUUGGUGAUAAGAAUUAUCCCAUAUUCAAGCCGUACUGGAUCCCAGCGCCCGCCGCUUCCAGUAAUUCUUCACCCAGCUGGGCUGAAGCGGCAAAAAUCGGCUCAGAAUUUAUAGAACUGCACAACCAGCAGCUCACGGUCUUUGGUAUGCUGAUAGACCCGUUUACCGCGGUGCACGCCUACUCCGAAGUCCUCCCGAUCCAAUCGCUGCUCCUACCCCAAUGGGCGCUCGAGAAAGCACUAAAGUCGAUGACCGCCUUCUUCCACAUGGGCCCAUACAUAAUUCCAAUGGAUGUACCACCCUACGCGAAGGCGGUCGAUGCAGAGCCAGCAACAACGAAGGGAAUACCCUUUCCAGCCAGCAAUGUGGCAAACUGGGAGUGGCUUCAACCAUAUGUUACGACCAAGGGCACAGAUGCAAAACCAACGACCAACUUUUAUCAGUUGGGAGUGGACUUUGUGGAUGAGCGCCCGAGAUUUGAGGCCGCGCCUUAUACAGCCAUUGAAGGAUAUCUGCGAUUGAGAACGCCAAUUGAAGCUCCGACAUCAUGA